GAGGGCUAUCCGUAUAGUUGUAAAUCAAUACAUUUUAUCUCAAGACGUUUUCUAUACCUAUUUGUUUAUCAUAGAACAAUUCAAUUUAUCAGAUGUAUAAGUAAGUCGAGGUGUAAGUGUAUAUAUUAUCUGACCAACGAAUCUGAAGCUACGGGGCAUCGGUGAUUCCAAUUAUCUCUCCGUCACUAAGUAUACCUAAAUUGGUUACCCCUAAAUUACCUAAUUCUUAAAUUUUUGUGUUUAAUUUGUAUUUUGUUUGGAUUUUUUUUCUAUUUUUGUAGUGUUGGUGUUGGCUUAGAAUAAAUCUGUAGUGUACGUUAUCCAUACAAGAUGACUUAUGUGGGAGUGGAAUUUUUAGACAAUGGUGGAAUAGGUUUGGUCCACUCGUCGUGGCUUACCCCUUUGAAGAAAGAGGCAUUUUGGCCACCUUAUAAAACAUCUAAUCUUUUCAAUAGAGCAAUUUCUACUCCUGAAGAACCUAGUCAGAGUAGUUGGAAAUUAUAUCCUGUUAAACGUUUGUUUUUUGAAUGUGACAGCUUAGAAAAAGCUCAAAAGAAUUUAAAAAAGUGUGAAGAAACAUCAGACAUACAGUCAUCAGAAUCUGACUCAGCCUUGGGCACUAGAAAAAAAUUCAGUGUGAAGAGGUAUUUAUCUGAUUAUUCCACCAGUGAAGGUGAAGAGGAUGAACCACUUUCAAAAUUUCCAAGGCCGCCUACUUUUCCAAAAGUAAAACCUGAUGACUCAAAUUGUCAGAAAACAUUGAAAACCCCAUCAGCUAGGGGUUCCAAUAGUGAUAUUUCUGUAUCCAACAAAAUUACUCCCAAUACCCAAACAUUGAGAGAAAAUUUGAAUGUGUCACAUGAUGUGUCAUCACCAUCACUUAUUGAUGAAGAUCAAGAUAUAACUUUGACACCUUGUAUUCAAUCAACUUUAUCUGACAGUAAUAGAACUGAGACUAGAACCAUAACUGUGUCUGCUAAUGGUUUGGACAAAAUUUUUAAAGAGGUGAGAAAAUUAAGGGAAGAAAUAAAAGAGGUUAAGGGAUUACUUAAACAAACAAGGAACAUAACUACUGUUUCUUGUUUACCUGAUAUUCCAGUGGAAUUUCCUCUGGAAAGUAUUGCUAAUUUGCAAACCUUGGAGGAGUAUCUAAAUUCACAGGAGGACAGUUCCAAUGAUUUGGCUUCAUAUUUUUCAACGCUAGGGGGUAAUGGAAUCCCUGCUCAGGUCAAUAGAAUUUUGAGAAUGGUCAUGUCAGAUUUUUUAGCUACACAUUAUAAUUUUGCCGGGCAACGAAAUAAACAAGCUUUCGGAAACACAAAAUUAGUGAAUGUCAUCAUACGCGCCAUACAGAUUAAAUCUCCAUCUACAACUACAGUGGUUAUUGAGAAUGCAGUAAAAACUUGGUUGAAGCAUGCUAAGCAGAGAAUGGAAAAGAAGCAUAAGCAAGGACAAAAGUUUACUCCUUAAUUUAUUUUAUUAUUACCUAAUGUAAGUGCAAGUAACAUUUACUAUUAUUUUUUUAAAUGUCAAAACGAAAACCGAAAGAAUUUGUUGGUGCAAGGCAAAAAUCUAGGAGGGCUUUAAUAGCUUCACAACAAUUUGCACAAAAUAUUUUACAAGAUAAAGAUAGUUGUAAGGACACUGUUGCCAAUAAUCUUAGUGAAUAUGCUCAGGUAGAUAGUAAUACUUUUAACAUUAUACCAAACUGUGAUAAUAGUACUUCAAGUUUAGAAAUUGUUCAGUCACAAACUUUAAAUAAUACUGAUUGUAGUGACACUUCAUCUA